AGCUCACAUGCAUUUCGUCUUGAUGUCGAUAUUACAACGUCGGAAUCGGAGUCGAAUCAUUAGCCCGUCCGAACUUGUUGCGCUGUUGCUGCUGCCUGCUGGCCGACUGAUGUGGUGGUUCUACCGCAAGGGCCCCUCGGGCUUCGCCGGCGCCUCCACGGCCGAGGAGGUCACCGCCGGCAUCGACGGCCGCGGCUUGGUCGCCGUCAUCACUGGUGCGUCGAGAGGAAUCGGGCGGGAGACGGCGCGCGUGCUGGCGCUGCGGGGCGUGCGCGUCGUCAUGGCCGUCCGCGACGUCUCCGCGGGGGCCAGGGCCAAGGAGGCCAUCCAGGCCGAGAUCCGCGGCGGCGCGGAGGUGGACGUGCUGCAGCUGGACCUCAGCUCCAUGGCUUCCGUCGGGAGAUUCGCCGCGGAGUUCGCCUCCCUCAACCUGCCCCUCAACAUCCUCAUCAACAACGCCGGAGUCAUGGCGAGGGAUUGCAACCGUUCCUGCGACGGCCUGGAGCUGCACUUCGCCACGAACCACAUCGGGCAUUUCCUUCUGACAAACCUGCUGCUGGAGAACAUGAAGAGCGCGUGCCGGGACAGCGGCGUCCAAGGAAGGAUCGUUAACGUGUCAUCUUCGGGGCAUAUCAUGACCUACCCCCAAGGGAUAUGCUUCGACAAAGUACAUGAUCCUUCAGGGUUCAACAGCCUCAUUGCUUAUGGCCAGUCCAAGCUUGCAAACAUUCUCCACAUGAAUGAGCUGUCCCGGAUUCUCAAGGAUGAAGGGGUCAACAUUUCAGCUAACACGGUCCAUCCGGGCGUCAUCGUGACAAGCCUUUUCAGGAACAGGACCAUUGUGAGCGCUCUCAUGAACACAGUUGGGAGAAUCAUAAGUAGAAGCGUUGAACAGGGUGCUGCAACGACAUGUUAUGUGGCGAUGCACCCUCAAGUCCAGGGGAUAACUGGUAAAUACUUCGGCAAUUGUAAUAUUGCCAACCCAAGCUCGCAAGCUGUAGAUGCAGAAUUGGCCAAGAAGCUGUGGAACUUCAGCUUGCAGAUGUGCCGGUUUCAGAUUAAAUGAUUGUCCGGUAUACGCUCUCAUUUCUGCUACUUUUAUGUUCGACUGCUUAGACCAAGACGACAGAAGCACAAGACUUCAAAGUGUUGGUUGGUAUAUCAGAGUGCGGUUGUGUCGUGCCGCCGUGGUGCUUAUACGGUCACAGUAAGUAGUGAAGAUUAGAUCAUGAGAGUUAAUGUUUUGCUUAAACGUAGAUACUGUCUGUUGUAAUUAUCAAUUUCUGUUGGUAUUAUUUUUGGUAUAGAAGUCUUCACAAAAUUCGACGCCUUGAUUGAUCCUCUGCUAGCGUAGAACAAAUGUGAAAGUAGUUUUAAUCUCCAUGUAAGUAGUCAUGUCCAAUCCAUAUUUAAGAAUCUUUACAGUUCUCAUCA